AUGCUCAAAGAUGACGAAGUCCACGUCACCACAAAAGAAAUAGAGUUGGAGGGAAAAACCAAAGUCACGAUACUCGAGAAAAAUGAGACCAUGACAAUCUACAAAACUCAAAAAGUCAAAAAAGUGAUUACCACGGAAACGAUCAUUGAACACGAGACUGUGGAACGCCAUUUGCUCAUUGCCUUUACAACCCCGGGAAGGAUCGAAACCAUACUCGACAAUGACUUGGUAUUUCCCUAUCCCUUUGCCGCACUCUCCAAACAGGGAAUUUGGUGGGAAGACAUGCUACAAACCGUCAAGGUCCGAUACGACGAUCCGACCAAACUCACUCGAUUCUUCCACAUACCCCAUCGCAGCAAACUCAACACGCCCAUUUUCGUCUUUGUCAAGCGAGAACAGACGCUCGACGAUUAUUCAAAGUUGCAAACCCAUCGACGAGACAAAUUCACCAAUUGGGUAUGGGACCAACUCAAGGUCAAUGUCAACUUUAUCAAUCGACACUCACAUCCGGUAGAAAUAUGGUGGGUACACGAAGAUCAAGUACAACGUCAAAACACGCUGGAAGCCGAUCAUGUGGCACACUUGACGUGUCGGCUAUCUCAUACAUUUUGGGUCCGAGAUGCCCGCGUCAACCAGCAUUUGACACAACCACAACUAGCCAAAUUGACAAAGAAAGACUUACUCUCGGAAAACUCCACCAUGGCCACGUUCAAUGUGGUCAAAGAUGACCCGGAUGAUCAAGCCUUUACCAUUGAUAUCAAAGCGUGCUUUGAUUUGGAUACCAACUGUCAUGCCUGGCAUGGGUGCAACAGCAAUGACGUUGCGGACAUGACUCACACGGCAAUCUACUGUCGAAAAACAUGUGGGAAAUGCACUGCUGCCGAUGACCAUGCCGCCAAACUGGACAAACAACGAUGCAAGGAUCAUCAGGGGUCCUGUCGGGCCUGGGCGCGGCGGGGGGAAUGUGAAACAAACAAAGAGAGAACACUUGAUAGCGACGAUUUUGACGAGGACGAAUUUGCUUUCAUGGAACACAGCGACGAGGAUAGUGACGAGGAGAUGACAGGAGGUUGGAGCCGCCAUGAUGAGCUUUAGACAUCUACGUCCUUGAAACUAUGCAAUUCAUCAAGCCUUUAGCAGAUCCAUCGAGUGGACUACAUAGCUCGAUUUCUGCUCGGUACAAGUCAGACAAAUCGGCUCCCUGUUUGUUCGGUACAAGCAUGAGGGUGAAGUUGCG